CCUCAGGACUUUUUAUGUGCGCGGUUCAUUUUCCAAAAUCCAAGAUGGCGAAUUUGUUGUUUCGCCAAUUUCGACUAGCAAGAAGGUUACAGCCUGUUUUUGCGAGAAAUAAAAGAUGUAUGAGUAUAUUUACAAACGAAAGAGAACCUCCAAAUGGAUUUCUGUUUAAUGAAAAGGCAAGACACUUUGUAAAUAGCAUAGAAUUCUACAUUUUUAUGCAUAAAAUGUACGUAUUAAAGUACGUUUUGUACAAAUAUUUUACAACUUUCUUAUUUGCCUUUAGCCACGCCUAAAUGGUGAAAAACGACAAUGGGAAGAAUGGGAGGCGAUAUGGUAUCGAUGGUGGAUUGUUUCAAUUCUCAUACUUGGUUUAGGCUUUUAUUAUAGACCCGAUACAUCGUAAGUUGACGAAUGGUUGAUGAUUCCAGGUUUUGUCAGAAUAUUGAGUGCAGUUGUCAUGUAGGCGUCAUAAAAUGGUGUAUAAUGACGUAAUUGGAUUAUAAAGAUUGAAAAACUAUCACAGUUAAGAUUUGGAUUGGGUUUAGAUUUAGGAUUAAAGUUGCAAUUAGGAUUAAGGAUUAGGAUAGGAUUAAGAUUAAAGUUCAAGGGAAAAGACUAUGGAUUAGCUUUAGGAGUAAGAUUAGGAUUAAGAGGUUUAGAAUUAAGGAUGGUGCAUUAAUUAUCAACAUUGUUUGGUAAACUAGCCUUGCUAAUUUCCAGGAUAAGUCUAGGGUCCUGGAAACCUCUGGCAGAGGCUUUAUAAUAACUGUUCUUUUAUCAGGUUGGGUACCUGGGCACGUCAAGAAGCUCUCAAACAAAUCGAAGAAAAAGACGCAGCCGAAUCAUCAAGUUAAAAGAUAUGGAAAGGAUAUUAACAUUUUUGAACAGCUAUUUUUAUAACAAGCUAACAUAUUUAAUUAGGCAACGUGAAUUUGUCAAAACUGAGUGGAAAUUGCUUGUGAAAUAUACCAUGUUUAGACUUAAAUAUAUGUUUAUUAAACAAGAG